AUGAGCAUCGUCCUGUCUUCUUGCUCAUCGCUCCUUUGUCAGGAUCGCUUCAGCCUCGUCGACUCUGACGAGGCCGAGGUGCCGUUCUGGAGCGUACUUGAAGUUAUCCUACAAGAACCGGUCGUAUCCGCUGACGAUGAUCUGGAUGGCCUUAAGGCUCACGUUUGUUCGAGCCCCGAUGACGAACGCCGAUUCUGUUCGACUACGUGGCGCGCGCUGGUUGCCUUGGCGCUGGAAAUGCCCGUUCUGUACGCAUCGCGCGAGCCGUUCACAGGUUUGGAAGUCUGUCGCACAGCCGAGGCGACUACCCAUUCGCGAUUCCUCGGGCUCGAUGGCGGCGCCGCCGUGAUUUCCGCAAAUCGGUUCAUCGGGUUCGGAUGCGGCGGGACGCAGGAGGAGGCGAUGGUGAACAUCGUCGGGUAUGGCAGGAGUGCCUGGGUCGAUCCGGGUCUCGGCCCAGACGGGGAGGUGAAUGGAGCGAGUUCUGACUGGACGCACGGGACGAUGCUCUUCAUGGACGCACUCGAGCUAGACCAGGAGGACUACGGGCGACGCGUCCGCGAUCUCCUCCCUGGCCACAUCGACCGCGAGCUGAGCAAGUGCGCCACCGCCUUCUCCUCCUACGACAGCGCUCCAGGCCCGUACCGUCACAUCUCCACAGGCCUAUGGGGCUGCGGCGCCUUCGGCGGAGACCCGCAGAUCAAAACGGUCAUACAGUGGGCAGCCGCGUCCCUUGCCGGUGCUCCACUGCGGUUCGUCUGUCAGGAUGAGGCAUUUGCGGCGUCACUCGAGAGCUUUGUCCAGAGCGUCAGAAGCGGGGGCUGGAGUGUCGGGCAAGUGCUAACCUGUCUCAGAGAGCACUACGACUAGCCUUCCAACGCGCUGUGCUCGAUCGCGUUGCAACCUGCGCAGCGCCGGCUCGCAGCACAAUUCACCGAGAGAUAAACCUAGGUAGAAUAAAUAUUGACAACAGCAAAUGGUAUCCGGGCGCACUCUAAGCUAUCUAUGUUUGCCAAAGCAGGUGGUGCUACCAUAUUUGGUACGUGCCUUCUCUGCGCCGCUAUCGUUCCCC